AUGCAGCUACUAGGGCAGAUGUUUCGAAGGUACGCCAGCCUACGCAGCAAACUGAGGGAAGAACAGGUGAGAAAAAAUGUGGGCCACAGUGCGGGGAACCGUGUGAGCAACAGAGCAGGAAACAGAGUAAGCAACGAUGCAAACGGAACGCACGGAGAGGCGGUCAGUCCCAACGGCAUAAGCAGAAGACAGAGGGAGAGGAACACAAAAAUAGAUGUAAAAAUAUAUGAACAGUUAAAAAAAAAAAUGUUGGGGAAACCACUGAAUAAGUUGCAAAGGAAAUACGUGAACGAGAAGCGACCGAAUUUUGCGCCCAUAUUUUUAGACCAGUUAAAGCCAAGAAUGAUAUUAUACAAAACGGCCAUUCAAGUGAGUGAGUUGCCGUUACCAAAAUAUCCAGAAAUAGCAUUUAUAGGUAGAUCAAAUUGUGGAAAAUCUACACUAAUCAACGAAUUGUGUGGCAGAACAAAUAAAGCAAAAGUGAGUAAAUUACCAGGAUGCACGAAACAAAUACAUUUUUAUAAAAUUGCCAAGCCUUGCUUGUUAUGUCUGGUGGAUUUGCCAGGAUAUGGAUUUGCCCAUAGUAAGGAAGAAUUACGGCUCCAGUGGAAUGAAUUUACGUUAUUUUAUUUAAAAAACAGGAAAAAUUUAAAAAAAGUUUUUGUUCUCAUUGAUUGCAGAAUUGGACUAAAAACAAGUGACAAAGAAUUGCUCCAUUUUUUCGAUCGAUAUAAUAUUAAAUAUCAGAUAGUCUUAAGCAAAUGUGACUUACUGAAUACGAAAGACUUGGCCAUAAAGAUUCAAAUCGCGAACGAGGAAAUCGCUUGCUUUAAAAAUUUGGAGGGCCCAAUUAUUCCCCUCAGUUCUCUGAAAAGACAGAACUUGAAUGAGCUGCGGAGGGAAAUUGCCAGGUACCAGCUAAACAAAGUCAUCGUUAAAAAUAACAUCGUGAUGAAGAUCAACGACUUGAUCGAACAGAGGAGGUUGAGGAAGUUGGCGGCGGACGCCAUUAGCAGAGUUAGACGCAUUGGUGAUGUUAACGGCGUUAGCGGCAUUGUCGAUGUUAACGACGUUAGCGGCAUUGGCGAUGUUAACAGCCUUAGCGGAGUUGAGGGCCAGUUUAACCGCCCCACGGGGAACCCCCCAGACGUGGGCAACACAGAAAGUAAAAACAAAAGUAAAAGAAAGGGCAAAACGACCAACGUAGGAGAGACCCUGUCGAAGGACAUACUACUCAGCGAUGACACCAUUUCGGAAGCCUUAAAUAGAUGGAAAAAAUUGGAAAAACCGAUUGUAGACACACCUUUUAAUCAAUACAUAGGUUGCCACAUGAAGCUCAUAAUAAAAACCCUGCAAGAAAAGUUUCUGCGCCAGUGCCGUGAAGAGUUUAACGAGAGAGACCUAAACAUUAUUGACGACGUGAUUGAAAAAUGUGGUAAACUGGGUCACCAACAUGAGAAUUUGGUGGAACCAUCCUCAAGGAAGAUAAAUGAUGCAGAACAGUUUUGCGUGAACAACACACAGGGUCAUUACAAUAAUGGGACCACCUACAUGGAAAAUAAACGAAGGAAAUACAAGAAAGGGUUGGGGUUAACGGAACAGCAACUGGAAGGUGAUAAGGGGAAGAAACACCUUUGGGGAGAGACCAUUGGCGAUAAAUCUAGUAAUCGUGUUAGUGCAGAUUUAUCCCCAUGGGAAAGGUCUGAUGGUGAAGUCAGCAAAAAGAUUGACGGAAAAGAAAAUAAGGAAACCCACAUGAGUAACGAAACGGUAUCGGAACAGACGUGGGAUGCCGACCAAGCGGUGUCUGCUAAUCAUGCGUCAUAUUGUACAAACGGUUUGGAGGUUCCCCACAGUGCUGGCCAUAACAGAAAUGGUGAUUAUUCAAAUCUGCCUUUGCUAAGUAGUAUCGACUCGAUGGAACUAGAAAAGGAGCUACUUCUGGACAGUCUACUUUUAUCGGAUGAAAAGAAGAAGAACAAAUAUGAGUACCUCCAUUGUGAAAAUGUAAAAAUGGAUACUCUAUUUGAAGGAAACAAAAACAAAUCAUGGAGUGAUCAUUUUAAACGUGAGGAUUAUUCCAAAAUUAAGGAAAACAUUUUAUUGGAAGAGGAAGAUACGUAUACCCCUGAGGAUUAUGCAAGUGGGUUAAAGAGAAGUAAAGCGGCAACACCGAAUGGUCACAUCCUGUCCAGUUACACCUUUAACUUAAAGGAUAAAAACACGCAUCAGAUAUAUGAAAAAAUCAAGUCCGAUGCGUACAAGAUGUAUAGAAGUAGCCAGCUAGAAAGUUUAGAAAUACAAACCAGUUCCGGCACACCUGGACAAGGGAAAAAUGUACAAAAGGGGGAACCACGCACUCCCGUUCGUUCUGCUUCACAAGGGGAGAGCAGCAGUGUGGAAAAAAAGUCACCUAUAUGUAGUGGGUCUCCCGGUGAUCUAGCCCCCCCCCAAGGGGCAUCCUCCACGAAUAGAGAAAACACCGGUGUGAAGAAACAUUACAUUGGCUUAAAAACCAGAAGCAGCAUCAUCAAAGGAACCAAAAAAUUAAAGUUAUUUGGUAAGAAAAGAACCAAUGAUAUUGUUCACGUUCCAAUCGAUUUGGCAACGGACUAUUUUAAGUUAAGCAACAACUCCACCGUUUACGAUAAGAAGAAGAACAGCUGGAAUUAUAUUAACUCCAAGUAUAACAAGUGGCUUAAAAAAAUGACCCGCAAGAAGAUCUCCACCGAAAUUACCAGCCCAGUUAAAAAAGUAGACGUCAUGGUGAGAUAUGCACAGAAACAGGAAAGCAAAUAUAAGAAGGAGAAAAAUAAAAUGCUCAGGCGGAAGAAGAACUUGGGCAUGAUCACCAAACCGCCUAAUCAUAAGAAGGGUCGAAAUAUUUCAAAAAAUUAUACCCUAUCGGAUGAGCAAAAGAUAUUUGAUAGGGAGGCCUUCUUUAAGUAUCGCGAUCUCCAAAAGUGA